GGGAGAGAGUAAGGGGCGGACCAAGUCCAAUGGGUGCUGGGUGUAGAGGAGGAGGAGCUAGAGGGGGAGGAGGAAAGGGACUAGAAGGUGGAGGUGAACUCCAAGCCAGGCCUCAUUCAUUGCCUCUGCCUGGCGGGCCCGGGGCCUUGUGUUCCAGGAGCCAUGGAGGCGCUGAUUCCAGUUAUCAACAAGCUCCAAGACGUUUUUAACACCGUGGGCGCCGACAUCAUACAGCUACCCCAGAUCGUCGUAGUUGGAACCCAGAGCAGUGGAAAAAGCUCAGUACUAGAAAGCCUUGUAGGGAGGGACCUACUUCCAAGAGGUACUGGCGUUGUUACCAGGAGACCCCUUAUCCUGCAGUUGGUCCAUGUUUCACAAGAAGAUAGAGGAAAAACAUCUGGAGAUGAAAAUGGUAUUCAAGCUGAAGAGUGGGGUAAAUUUCUGCACACCAAAAAUAAGCUGUACACUGAUUUUGAUGAAAUUCGACAAGAAAUUGAAAAUGAAACAGAGAGGAUUUCAGGAAAUAAUAAGGGGGUCAGUCCUGAACCUAUUCAUCUUAAAAUUUUUUCACCUAAUGUUGUAAACCUGACUCUUGUGGAUUUGCCAGGCAUGACAAAGGUACCUGUAGGUGAUCAACCGAAGGAUAUUGAACUUCAAAUCAGAGAACUCAUCCUUCGUUUCAUUAGUAACCCUAAUUCCAUUAUUCUGGCUGUCACUGCUGCUAAUACAGAUAUGGCAACAUCAGAGGCUCUCAAAAUUUCAAGAGAGGUAGAUCCAGAUGGUCGUAGAACACUUGCUGUAAUUACUAAACUAGAUCUCAUGGAUGCUGGUACUGAUGCAAUGGAUGUGUUGAUGGGAAGGGUCAUUCCAGUUAAACUUGGCAUAAUUGGAGUGGUAAACAGGAGCCAGCUGGAUAUUAACAAUAAGAAGAGUGUAUCUGAUUCUAUCCGUGAUGAAUAUGCUUUUCUUCAAAAGAAAUAUCCAUCAUUAGCCAAUAGAAAUGGAACAAAAUAUCUUGCUAGGACACUGAAUAGGUUAUUGAUGCACCACAUUAGGGAUUGCUUGCCUGAGCUGAAAACAAGAAUAAAUGUUUUAGCUGCUCAGUACCAGUCUCUCCUAAAUAGCUAUGGUGAACCUGUGGAUGACAAGAGUGCUACUUUAUUGCAACUUAUUACUAAAUUUGCCACAGAAUAUUGUAACACAAUUGAAGGAACUGCAAAAUACAUAGAGACUUCUGAGCUGUGUGGUGGUGCUAGAAUAUGUUAUAUUUUCCAUGAAACCUUUGGGAGAACAUUAGAGUCUGUUGACCCUCUGGGUGGCCUUAAUACAAUUGAUAUUCUGACUGCCAUUAGAAAUGCUACUGGGCCACGUCCUGCCUUGUUUGUGCCUGAGGUUUCCUUUGAAUUACUAGUGAAGAGACAAAUCAAACGGUUAGAGGAGCCAAGCCUUCGUUGUGUGGAGCUGGUUCAUGAGGAAAUGCAAAGAAUUAUUCAGCAUUGUAGCAACUAUAGUACACAGGAAUUGCUGAGGUUUCCCAAACUUCAUGAUGCCAUAGUUGAAGUAGUUACAUGUCUUCUUCGUAAGAGGUUACCAGUCACAAAUGAAAUGGUUCAUAACUUAGUUGCAAUUGAAUUGGCCUACAUCAACACCAAACAUCCAGACUUUGCUGACGCCUGUGGGCUUAUGAACAAUAACAUAGAGGAACAAAGGAGGAAUAGGUUAGCAAGAGAGUUACCUUCAACAAUGCCGCGGGACAAGUCUUCUAAAGUUCCAGGUACUUUGGCACCUGCCUCCCAGGAGCCUUCUACUGCUGCUUCUGCUGAGGCUGAUGGCAAGUUAAUGCAGGAAAACAGAAGAGAAACUAAACAUAUGGUACCUGUAGGUGGUAUAGGCGAUGGUGCUCAAGAACCAACAACAGGCAACUGGAGAGGAAUGCUGAAAACCUCAAAAGCUGAAGAACUGUUAGCUGAAGAAAAAUCCAAACCAAUUCCCAUUAUGCCAGCCAGUCCACAAAAAGGCCAUGCUGUGAAUUUAUUGGAUGUGCCUGUGCCAGUUGCACGUAAACUGUCUGCCCGGGAACAACGAGAUUGUGAGGUUAUUGAAAGACUUAUCAAAUCAUAUUUUCUUAUUGUCAGGAAGAAUAUACAAGACAGUGUGCCAAAGGCAGUAAUGCAUUUUUUAGUCAAUCACGUGAAGGAUACUCUUCAGAGUGAGUUAGUAGGACAGCUGUACAAAUCACUGUUACUGGAUGAUCUUCUAACUGAAUCUGAGGAUAUGGCACAGCGAAGAAAAGAAGCAGCUGAUAUGUUAAAGGCCUUACAGCGAGCCAGUCAGAUAAUUGCUGAAAUUCGAGAAACACAUCUUUGGUGAAGAAAUGUACCAGGCAUUUAUAGAGGUGAAGAUGCUGAUGACUUGUAAUAAUUAUUGCAAACUUCACUGUAGUGUCAUUUAUGAAUUCUUGUCUAUUAACUAUGUAAAUCUGCUGUGAAAAGUUUUGAGACAAAAAUGUUUUGCAGAAGAAACACAAAUUAAAUCCACAUAUUAAAUAUAAAUAGCUGGUUCCCUGAAAUAUUCCAUGUAUG